AUGCGCUUAAUAAAUGUGUCGACGCUGGAGAUCCAAGAGUUUUGUGGCGCUGAUAUUCCGCCCUACGCGAUUUUGUCGCACCGAUGGAGCCGCGACGAGGUGACCCUGCCCGAGAUGGCAGUCAUCGCCAAAUACCGCCUCGACCAACAGAAGCGCAUACCCCAGCUGCCACAUCCGACCGACAAGGCCGACACGGUGAGGAUGCUGCUUCUCUCGUCCAUGCUGCUCGCCUUCCGCGGUCAUCCCUCGCCCCUGAACCGCAUGUCGACGCCCACCGCCAUGACCAAGGCCUACCCGGGCGACGACGACGACAGCUUCCGGGCGCUGGUCCCCUCGGCGCUGCCCCACCCGCUGCAGCUCAAGGCCGGAUACGCCAAGAUCACAUACGCCUGCGAGCAGGCCGCGCGGGACGGCCACCGCUACCUCUGGGUCGACACGUGCUGCAUCGACAGGUCUAACAGCGCCGAGGUGUCCGAGGCCAUCAACUCCAUGUUCACUUGGUACCAGCGCGCCGCCGUGUGCUACGCGUACCUCGAGGACGUGUCCAAGGACUCGCGCGAGGGCUACCGCACGUGGAAGGACGGGUUCGCCGAGAGCGUGUGGUUCACGAGGGGAUGGACACUGCAGGAGCUGCUGGCGCCGCGCAACGUCGUCUUCUACGGCAAGGGCUGGAAGCUGCUGGGCACCAAGUCGGCGCUGGCCAAGACGAUCGAGAAGGCGACCAAGAUCGACGAGCUGACGCUGCUGGAGCCGCGGCUGAUGCACAAGGCCAGCGUGGCGCGGCGCAUGGCUUGGGCCGCCGGCCGCAUCACGACGCGCACCGAGGACGCCGCCUACUCGCUGCUCGGCAUCUUCAGCAUCAACAUGAUGCCUCUGUACGGCGAGGGCGAGAACGCCUUCCUGCGCCUGCAGGAGGAGAUCAUCCGCCGCUCCGACGACCACACCAUCUUCGCCUGGGGCACGCUCGGCCACCAUGACAAGGGUGUGCCGCACUACCACCACUUCCACCUCAUGAACAAUUCCGAUAGCGACGACGACGACGACGACGAUAACGGCAGCAACGACGGCUUCGACCACGAGGGUAUGAGUGGCGGCACCAUGGGCGUGUUGGCCAAGUCCCCGAGCGAGUUCGCGGGCAUGGAGCGCGUGGCCGUGCCGGCAGCGGCUAAGCUCGACGCAACGCAGCGCGGCGAUGCGGUUGACUUCGCCAUGACUAACAAGGGCCUGCGUAUCAAGCUCAGCCUGAUCCCCGUCAGCGGCGCGCACGCGACCAGCCACAAGACAUACAUCGGGGUGCUCGACUGCCAGAACGGCGACGACGGCAAGAACACGACGAGCAAGAAACAGCAGCAGGCGGACGUGGGCAGCCGCGCGGGGAUCUUACUGGCCGAGACGGAGAUGCCCAACGUGCUGCUGCGCACGCGCACGAAGCAGCGCACGUGGGUGACGGGCAAGGAGCUGGUGGGCGCGCCGCGGCCGCGCGUCGUGUACAUUGCCAACGGGGCGGCGACGCUGCUGCGGGCGGACCAGUCCGAAGAGAUAGUGUGGGUGAAGGCGCACGACCUGACGGCGCCGGGCUACGACAUCGUCGACGUGCGGGCGCGGGGCGUCGGGGCCGCGCACUCGUCGCACCACCACUGGAACCGCGAGUUCGGCACGCUGCGCCUGGCCGGCAUCGCCGACCGCGGCGUGCUGUACCAGUUGGCCGCCGUCGUCUUCUUCAACAAGCACCUGCAGACGGGCUUUGUCGUGCGCAUCCUCGUCGACUCGUCGUCCGACGCCUGCUUCGUCGACCUGCUCCCGCCCCGGAGGCCGUCCAAGAAGCAGCAGUCACCCGCCGACACCGACGCCAGCACCAGCGCCGCCGCGGUCCUCCUCAAGGAGCAGGCCCAGCAGCUGUGGGACGCCCCCGGGAAGAUCGAGAUCACGAACCCCGAGGUCUACGGGGCGGAGGAGGAGGAGUCAUCGUGGACGGCGCGGGCGCUCAGCGCGGCCAAGAAGAGCGGCGCGGCUGGGGACCGCCGCAGCCCGACGCGCGGAGCCGCGCUGCAGCUUACCAACACCGUCACCUUUGCCGAGCCCUGGGAGAAGGAGUACCAGCGCACCGUCGAGGCCAAGGUGUCGCGCAAGCGCCGCGGCGUCAUGGUGCUCUCCCUGUCGGCGAUGCUGUGGGAUGCCGGGACCAGCGUCAAGAAGGCCGAGGACGAGGAC